AGUUGAAGAAUAAAAAGCAAGGAUUGGAGACCACAACCAGUCAAACGAAACAACAAAUACAUAAACUUAAUGCGCCCAUUGAGCGUGGAGAGAAUGUCCCAUCACCUCAGGCAAAACUUCGGCAAACGAUUAUAAAGCAGCGGGAUGUAGCUCUGGUAGAUAUGAAAACACAGGCAAAGGAAUUGAAAGAUAUCGAGACAAAGAUAUACCACGCUGGCCGUAAGCUGAAGGCUGUCAUUGAAGAAAAUGACAAGUUUAGAAUGACUUCAGAUAAAUUUGAUGCAGAGACAAAUGAGUUACUGGAACAAAUUACGUUGAAUGACACACUUGGAGAAACUUUGAAAACUGAAGUGGUAUCACAAAGAGGAAAGUUAGAGCAGGGAUGGCAUGAAAAUAAAAAGUUGGAGAAACAGUAUGCGAAACGAGAUCAAGUGUUUCUUGAUGACAUCACUGAUCUUCAGCAUCGCACUAAUAAGAGAGAACAGAAGGUUGCUGAUGUAACACACCAACUUUCUGAAGAACUUGUGCUCCUUGCAAGCUUCCUUGAGAACGUUUCAAGCAGACGACCACAUGAUACAAGACAAGGUGGUCAAAGACCAGAAGAACCAAUGAUCAGGCCCCCAACAGUCUUUGAAAACUAUUUAGACUCUUAUACCAGCCUACCACCAAAGAGCAUUACAAAACUACCAGAGGAUCCCCAGUGUGGUGAUGUUAAAUUGCGAGACAAUAAAAAAAGGGCAGAACCGAUUUCAGAGAUUAUUGACCUAGAGGAACAAGAUGAUGACAUCACCUAACAAUUAAAUUGCAAUAUAUUGAAUAUAGCAUAGUGGAAGUGUUCAAACUAUUAUCAGAUUUUAAUAGAAAAAAAUGAAAAAAAAAAUAUUGUUUAAGAGUGUGAAGUGGAUAUUUUGUAGUACAAGAGGCUAUGUAUUAUUUGAUUGAUUGAUUGAUGGAUUAAUUGAUUGGUUGAUUGUAAUAAAGUUCUUAAAUGUUCUGAAGUCAACAGAAAAAGUGGUUGUCAUUGGCUCUCUGAAUAGUUGACUAGCUUCAACCAUGGAGGUAUAAAAAUGUUUCAACUGUACAAAACAAAGAUUGAUUGAUGUUAAAUGACUACUUGAUUGGUGGAUUACAAUGACCCCGCUCUUUAUCUUGAAGGAAUAGUAACAUGUGCAAUUUAAUUAAUUGUGGUGAGGGGCCUGAGGGCAUGGAAGUACAGUAAGAAAACUUGACAUUUAUCUGCAUUAUUGUUGAAAAAGCCACCAAGAAUUAUUCUUCUACUGCAUUAAAGGUUUGAAUGUGGUUGUAAGAAAACUCAAAUUUUAUUCCGGUUAAACCUGUUAUCUUGACACAAAUAGCCUUGUCCUCUCUAGAUGCCUGUCCAACAUUACAUUGUCAAACAAUGUGUUAGUAAAUGCAUUUUUUUCUGUGAUGCAAGUAAAAUUCUUGUUGUUGUUGCUGUUUAUAUUUUUGUUAUUUUUAUUAUUAAUAUUAUUGCUGUUCAUUAUAGACGAGUAGCUACUUUUGUGUUGUUGUCAGUGGCGUAUCUAGGAGUCCUGAAAUCAUGUGGGUCUGAUGGGGGUGCGAUGAUAAUGUUGGGCUCGAUGAUUAAGCGAGGGGUUCUAUAUUGCAAAAUAAGGUGAUAAGUUGAUUUUUAACUACUAGAGCAUAAUAUAUUUGCCAGGAACAUUUUCAGGGAGAAACUGGGAGAGCAAGCUUAUUUUUUUUUUGGGGGGGGGGGGGAAGCAUGCAUCCCUGCAUACCCCUAGAUAACCCACUGACUAUUGUCAAUUCUCAAAUCAUUGGUUUUUGUGUUCAUUAAUAGCAAGAUAAUAAGUGAAAAAAAAUGUUUUUGGCCUGUUCUACACACUGAAACUAAACUGUUAAAAUGUGUAUGUAUCAUAAUAUUAUAAUAGGGGGCAGUAUAUUAAUAAUAUCAUAUAUGUUUCUCUGUUCCUGCUAUUCUGUGUUCUAUGAGAUGUAAAUAUAUUGUUUGAAUUAAAAUAAUCAGUAACAGCA